AUGGCUCUGAUGCGAACCAGGAGCCAAUUGAACGUAUCUUCAUUGACUCCACCUCCUCCUCCUCCGUCUCCGAUCCCUCGACACAGAGGAUCUCGUUCCGCGGCAAACGAGAUCCUCACCGAGAUCAUCGAGAGAUCCGUUCAGGUUCCAGAGCUCACGCUCCCUGAAUCGCAUUCCGGCGGGGAAUCGUCCGGCUCGCGACACCUGAUCCCGGCGGAGAUUGAUUUCCGGUUAUUGGCUUCGAGGAGAGAAGGCUCGGUGGAUCGUCUGGUGCGAUCGGCGAGGGAGUUCGGGGCGUUUCGCGUCAGCUACCAUGGGAUAUCCAGCGAGGAGCUGAGGUCGCUCGUGAGGGAAUCGGGUCGGGUAUUCGGAGUUUUGGAGGGAAGAGACACCGGUUUUCGCCGGAGCGUUGUCGGAAACAGAGACGAGAUCGUUUGGGUUCGGUCGUGGAAAGAGCGCAUGGAAUGGGCGCGCGAAUAUAUCGGACCGGAAAGGUACCGCUGCUUCAGCGAAGAAAUGGAGAAUGUAGCGGAUAAACUUGAAGGGAUUGCAAGAAAGCUAGGGCAAAUAAUGGUGGAAAACUCAAGGAGACAGACUGAUAAAAGGAUACAAAGAGGAGAAUCUGUGCUAAGUGUUUACAGGUAUAACCAUGAAAACGUAACAGAGCAAAGCCCUCCUCUUCCCAAAGAGAAGACCGAGGAGAUGCUUCAUUACACGCUCAGUCUUCACCUACCGGCUAAGAACUGCGAGUUCCGUGUCAACUCAGGGAAAGGUCCACUUUCUUUCCACGCCGAUCCCGACACUAUCCUUGUCACUUUUGGUCGCCAGCUUGAGGAAUGGAGCUUAGGAGAAUUCAAAUGUCGUCAAGGAGAAAUCAUUUACCAUCCAGAUGCGUAUGGCUCGCCAACUUCAUUCUCUGUAGAGCUCAAGUGCAUGUCUCUUUUCUUAUCGAACGCUUCUGUUGAAAAAACUUCCAAAACGUUCUCUUUAACCCAUCAGAUUUUCACUGCGUUACUUCUACUCUUUUGCUUCCAAUUUUUUUGGAGUUAUGGAUCCCAUAUGGGUACUUAA